CUCAUCCCCUCAUACCCUCCAUCCGUUCCCUUUAUUCACCUUCCUCGCUCCCCCACUCCUCCUCCAUCACCAUGCAAGAAAACAACAAUCAAGAAGUUAUGUGGCCUAAAUUGGUGGCCAACAAGCUUUUUCGCAUACCAUCGGGGAAUCAAUGCUUCGUUGCCGACUUCCCAAUCACUGAUAAUUUGGUAGAUACUGCAAGCUCCAAUAUUGUAUCUCAUAACCAUAAGCACAUCCACAAGUAUAAGUUGUUUGCUAGCACAUGGAAUGUUGGAGGAGUUCAGCCAUCAGAUGAUCUCGAUUUGGAUGAUUGGUUGGAUACCAGAAACAAUUCUUAUGAUAUCUAUGUUCUUGGGUUCCAAGAGGUAGUUCCUCUCAAAGCCAAGAACAUUCUAGGCGCAGAGAAGAGCAAGGUCUCCUCAAAGUGGAACUCACUCAUCAGGACAACACUAAACAAGACCCUAUCAGACCCAAGUCAUGAGGAGCCUAAGUUAGGUGAGAAGCAAAAGGUGUAUCCUUAUGAAAAUGACAAGUCUUCUUCAUUAAGAAAAGCCAAAGAUUAUAGAUGCAUAGUGAGCAGACAUAUGGUUGGAAUAUUUCUCACGGUUUGGAUCGGAAGCAAUCUUGCACAGUACAUUCUCCAUACAAGUGUUUCAUGCAUUGGUUGUGGCAUUCUUGGAUGCCUUGGCAACAAGGGUUCAGUAUCAGUCAGAUUUUGCUUGCAUGGUACAAGUUUUUGCAUCGUGUGCUGUCAUUUGGCAUCGGGAGGGAAGGAAGGUGAUGAAGUUCGUCGAAAUUCAGAUGCCAUGGAGAUAUUCUCUAGGACGACUUUUCCACGAGGUUCUGAAUCUUUGGAUUUACCGCAAAAAAUCCUCGAUCAUGAUCGAAUAAUAAUGCUUGGAGAUUUGAACUAUAGAAUAUCCUUGCCAGAGGAUGCAACAAGGUCACUUGUUGCACAAAAAGAAUGGAACAAAUUGUUGGAAAAAGAUCAGCUACUUGCUGAGGUCUCAGAGGGUAGAACCUUUAAAGGUUGGCAAGAGGGCUCAAUCACAUUUUCACCCACUUAUAAAUAUUACCCUAAUUCUAGUGAGUACUAUGGUUGUCUUCAAGGCAAAAAAGGAGAGAAGAAGCGUGCUCCUGCAUGGUGUGAUAGAAUAAUAUGGUAUGGUAAAGGAUUGAAGCAAAAUCAAUAUGACAGGAGUGAGACUAAUUUAUCUGAUCAUCGACCAGUUAGGGCAAUUUUUACUGUGGAGGUCCUUGAUGAAAGAGCUCCAAGUCCUUCUAAAAGCUUGAUAUUGUCAAACAGAUUGGAAUGCAUCGAGAGCUGUAUUGAUUUGUUAAGUGCAGAUGAAGGACUAAGCAGUGCAAAUUCAUGACAAAUUUUCUUUAGUUUUGUUUGUAUAGGACGUGUCUUUCUCAAUCCUUCUAUAUAUGGAUGAGUUCACUUCAGUAUGUUCAUUUAGAUUGAGAUUUGUUGUCACGAUUAAAUGAGUGGUUAGUAACCCACUAAGAAUUUUUUUGUCAAAUUCUGUUCGCUUAUUCUUAUGCUUGU